GCAAGACGGACCUUCCCAAACCUAACACUUGAAGAACACUCACUCACUCACUUAUACUCACUCACUCCAGUAUGAAACCAUCCGUGAAUGGUAUCUCCAUGCGAGCGCCAUCAUGAACUGUUAACUUUGAGGCAUGUGAGGUGCUGUGAGCGUUGCCUAGCAGCAGCCGUGUCCAGCGAGGCGUGAGGUGCCCUAGUCCCAAUAUGGAAGGAUAUUUCCCCCGCCAGAAGAGGAAGUUCGAAGGCCAGAAUACGACAGGUUCUGCGGUACACUGACGCCGCCCCCUCACCCUCGACCCCGCAGUGCUCUGUCUAGGCGUCACCUGUCUCCUGCUGUGUCCUCCGAGAAUGACUUAUUAUCACGAUGAAACAAUGUUCCAGGUGACUGAAAGUGAAGUUAAUUGAGUACCUUAACCAGUUGUCGCUCUAUGCCACAAGUGAUACAGUUGUGGGGUUGGGGUACAGCUCUUUAAGCAAGAAUUAUAUCCGAGUGUUGUGUGUGCGUCACAGCGACACGGGAGACUUCGAUGCGAGGGAAGUAAUUAUCCUCAGGUGUGGCGAGGAUGAUUGACGUGGGUGGGCAGGCGAUGGAGUGCCCACAUCAGGACCAGGGGCCAGACUCGCCCUCCACCGACACCAACAACAACAGCAAGGACACCCGCUCGAGGGAGAAGUACGCCCUCCGGCCGAGGACCAUCAUCAAGAGACUGCAGCACGAAAUAAUCCGCAAGGAGGCUCCCAAGAGGCUCCCAAGUUCGAAGUCAAGGCCAGCACCAUUGUCGAAGUAUCGGAGGAAAACUGCCAAUGCUAGAGAACGUCAUCGAAUGAAGGAGAUUAACAAUGCGUUCGAGUCUCUGCGUAAAGUUCUUCCCGACGCCCUGGAGAUUCAAGCAACUUCCUCAUCAAUGACUAAGAUCACGACUCUCCGUCUGGCUGUGGACUACAUCAGAGCUCUGUCACACGUCUUGCAAGAGACUGGCGACCCAGAGCUCUGUUCUAUACAAAACACCUUACAACACUCCAUACAUAACACCUUGCAGCACUCGCUACAGUACCCACUUCAACCAUCUUUCCAACAUUCCUUUCAAAAACUAGCGUGCACGUCCGGUGGGUUGACGAGCUUCCAGUACGAGCACUCGUCGCCCAGUCUCCCCCAGCAAAACCUUUCUCAGUGCCAGCAGCUGCUGGGGUGCUUCUCCCCAUCCUGCAGCGCCGCCUCCGUCACCUGUUCGCCCUCCACCGACCGCAAGUCCCUCAGUAGCGCCAGUGACAUCGAGGAGCUCCUCUCUGACGACUCCGCACUGCUAGACGACAACUUAGAUGUCUUUUACGACAUUCCGUCGUUAGCUGUAGCUGACCCGUUCGAGAUCCUCCUAGUGGCCGAGAAGGAGGGUCUUCCCUUCCCCUCAGAGCAGUGUAAUUGAGGACAGACUUCGCGGAGCGUUACCCGAGUCAGUGAUAACAUGUUUUCGCAAGAAAUAAACAAUAAUGGUGCUGAUAUAAUGGUGACUCCGUCGAGUUCUUUCUGAAGCGGCAACUUUUGACGUUGAAGAGAGACAGGUGUGUGUGUACACCUGUUCCCAGCCAGAUAACUUCACUUUAUUUAGUGCUGACGGACGCUACAUCAGGAGAAACGAUGGCUGUUAAAUAUACAAUGAGCUGCGCAGUGAUUUGCAUACCCUGUCAAUUACCUGUCAGAUGGUAUCGAAGCUCGGCGAGGUCUCAAGUCGAGUCUGCUGCCCCAAGUAACCACAGUGCCAAAAUCCCCAUGGCGAUUCUAGUCUAUUUACCAAGUGCCAUAAUGUGGGGUGCCAUCCACCGGCUCCUUCAUGUUCGUGGUAUGGCAACUCACCUCUGUGGCACAUCAGGAUGUAAUUUGUAUUAUUGUCAUUGUCGUUAAAAAAUAAGUGUAUUUCAGCCAUGUAAUUUAUAUGUAAAGGAGGAUUAUUUCUCAUUUUCUUUUCAAGAAUUAUGUAGUACAUUAAACUUACAUUUGAUGCCA